AUGGGGGAAAAUGUAUUUCUAUGGCUGCAAGUCUCGUGGGACUGGAAGUAUAAAAUACAGAACUGUUGGCAAUAUGCUGUGGUUUUGUUUAUUAGGGCAGGACCCCACGAACGAUUUCGGUGCGAUCCAACGCACUGUGCAAAAACGCAGGCGUCACGUCGGAUGCGACGAAAAUCAGUAAGAAGAAGGAGAUGCAGAACAUUCCAGACCACCAUAAAGCACACAGAGGUUGCAAGCAGUAGAAUCCAGGGAUUACUCCGAUACAACCCAACCAAGGAGCAGCUACAGGGUGCAGGAGUGGGUAAAGCACCACCACAUGUAGACGACGUGUUACUCAACAACAGAACAAGAGUCUGCAAACCAAACAGCACCUGUUAUUUUUGUGUGCAACCUUUUAGAAGAAUGAAAAAUGAGCAGCAAGACAACAGCCUUCCGGGGCAUCAGAAGGUUAUCAAAGAAGAGAAAAAAUUUAUUUGUGAAGAAUGUGGCAAAAUCUUUCCUUUUAAGGCAAAGCUCCUUAUACAUCAGAGAACUCACACCGGGGAGAAACCCUUCCAGUGUACAGAAUGUGGCAAAUGCUUCUCUCGGAAGUACAGCCUCCAAGUACAUGCAACUACCCACAGGAAUGAAAAACCGUUCACAUGCUCAGAAUGCGGCAAAGGCUUUUCUAUAGUGCAACAACUCCGAAUUCACCAGAUAGCACACACCGGGGAGAAACCCUUCACAUGCACAGAAUGUGGCAAAGGUUUUCUGCACAAGCGCUAUCUCCGGAUGCACCAGGCCAUUCAUACAGGAGUGAAGCCUUACACAUGUACAGAAUGUGGGAAAAGCUUUUCAGAAGGGAAUAAACUUCGUAGACACCAGAAAAGUCACACAGCGGAGAAACCAUAUCAAUGUACAAAAUGUGGGAAAUGCUUCCCUGAAAAGGCAAAACUUGUGGUACAUGAGUGGGUGCACUCUGACGUAAAGCCCUUCUCCUGUUCAGAAUGUGGCAAAGCCUUUUCUAUGAAAUCUCGACUGGUGAUUCACUGGAAUACUCACACUGAUGCUAGGCCUUACUCCUGCUCAGUUUGUGACAAAGGUUUCCGUCAGAAAAGUCAUCUUCAGCGUCACCUGACUGUUCACACGGGAGAGAAGCGUUUUGAAUGUAGAGAAUGUGGGAAAUGCUUUAAUGACAAAAGCCACCUCUUGAGACAUGAGAGACGUCACACAGGGGAGAAACCCUUCACAUGUUCAGAAUGUGGGAAAAGCUUCUCAGAAGAGCGCAGCCUUCAAACACACCAGAACACACACAUAGAGGAGUUCAUCUGCACUGUAUGUAGGAAAGUCUUCACUAGUAACAGCAAACUCUUGAGACAUCAGAGAAUUCAUACAGGAGAGAAACCCUUAACAUGUUUAGAAUGUGGCAAAAUCUUUCCCUUUAAGGCAAAGCUCCUUAGACAUCAGAGAAUUCACACCGGAGAGAAACCUUUCCAGUGUACAGAAUGUGGCAAAUGCUUCUCUCAGAAGUACAGCCUCCAAGUACAUGCAACUACCCACAAUGAUGAAAAACCGUUCACAUGCCCAGAAUGCGGCAAAGGCUUUUCUAUAGUGCAGCAACUCCGAAUUCACCAGAUAGCACACACAGGGGAGAAACCCUUCACAUGCACAGAAUGCGGCAAAGGGUUUCUGCACAAGCGCUAUCUCCGGAUGCACCAGGCCAUUCAUACAGGAGUGAUGCCUUACACAUGUACAGAAUGUGGGAAAAGCUUUUCAGAAGGAAAUAAACUUCGUAGACACCAGAAAAGUCACACAGGGGAGAAACCAUAUCAAUGUACAAAAUGUGGAAAAUGCUUCCCUGAAAAGGCAAAACUUGUGGUACAUGAGUGGGUGCACUCUGACGUAAAGCCCUUCUCCUGUUCAGAAUGUGGCAAAACCUUUUCUAUGAAAUCUCGACUGGUGAUUCACUGGAAUACUCACACUGAUGCUAGGCCUUACUCCUGCUCAGUUUGUGACAAAGGUUUCCGUCAAAAAAGUCAUCUUCAGCGUCACCUGACAGUUCACACGGGAGAGAAACGUUUUGCAUGUAGAGAAUGUGGGAAAUGCUUUAAUGACAAACGCCACCUCUUGAGACAUGAGAGACGUCACACAGGGGAGAAACCCUUCACAUGUUCAGAAUGUGGGAAAAGCUUCUCGGAAGAGCACAGCCUUCAAACACACCAGAACACACACAUAGAGGAGUUCAUCUGCACUGUAUGUAGGAAAGUCUUCACUAGUAACAGCAAACUCUUGAGACAUCAGAGAAUUCAUACAGGAGAGAAACCCUUGACAUGUUCAGAAUGUGGCAAAUGUUUUCCAGACAAGUGGAAACUUCAGCGUCACCACAAAACUCACAGCAACCCCAAGAAGUUAAACCGUUGAUGUAGAGAAUGGGGUAAAAUGUAUUCCUAUAGCUACAAGUCUGCUCCCCCACAAGGAAAGUCUCAUGGGGCUGGAAGUAUAAAAUGCAGAACUGUUGGCCAUAGAAUAAGAGACUGCUCAAAUGCCUACACUCCCCAUAAUAUUAUCCCAGUGUACAAAUACAAGAUAGAGCUUAAAUAUCAUAUGAGGAGAGUACUCCAAAGCACCAAUAUGAUGUGGUUGUGUUUAUUAGAGACUACUAGUGUAAUAAAAACAGUAUAUGAUAGGCUUAACACUUUCCCUUCCAGACGUUUUGUCCUAAAUGCGAACCUCUACUGCCAAGCAGCUUUUAGACAUUUUGUACUCUUCCAUUUUAGGGGCCUUUCUUUGGGGGGGGUCUUUUAGU